AUGACGGAUGUUCUACCUGCAGAAGAAACUAAACAAGAUCGAGUUGUAACAAUACUAAGAGGCUUUCAAAUAAAUUGGAUGAACCUACGUGAUGCUGACUCAGGAAAGAUUCUCUGGCAGCAUAAUGAAGACAUGUCAAGUCCUGAAAUGGAGCAUGAAGCUAGGGUACCUAAGCGUAUUCUCAAGUGUAGAGUUGUUUCCCGCGAAAUGAACUUUAGCUCAGUUGAGUCUAUGGACAGAUUCAGGCUGGAACAAAAAGUGCUGUUUAAAGGGCGUUGUUUAGAAGAGUGGUUCUUUGAAUUUGGAUAUGUCAUACCCAAUUCCACCAACACUUGGCAAUCCAUAAUAGAAUCUGCUCCCGAAUCCCAAAUGAUGCCAGCCAUUGUUCUUAAUGGGAAUGUUGUGAUAGAAACAAAAUUCUUUGACGGGGAUCUCCUUAUUACUACCUCCAGAGUGAGAUUAUUUUAUGUUUAA